UGACUUUCUUCAACCCCGUGGCUUUAUGAAAGCCUGUACAGGGGCAGUAUCCGCACGUCCAGGAGGUGUUUCAAAACGCUUCUGAGGUAUUAUAUAUAGUCAAGGAGUAGGAGCUGGUUUUGGAGGAGUCAGACUUACCUCACCGGGCUUUUUGUGAGUGAGCUGCUUCCCGACUGGUCGUCUCCAGCUCCUCCGCUAGCGAUAACAACACAAGCCACGGGGACGAGCCAGCGGACGUAACGCUAGCCAAGAGGGGAAGUGGGCUCCGUCUUCUCUUUCAUCGGGCAGAUGCUCCCAGCCGCCCAGCUUGACAGGAGUGAUGGGAUGUGUCAACUAGGAGAGGAACUCCUUGAUGAUGAUGAUAUUGGACUGAGGGAUCCGUCUGCAGUGUUCACACCAGAGCAGAGGGGCACAGGAGGGACCGAGGCAGCGGAGGAGGAAGACAUCGACGAAGAAAAGAUGGGAGUGGGGAAGAACACCACCGCUAAUUCGAUGGACAGCGAAGGCGGAAAAUAUGAAGAGGAAGCCAAACAUGGAGCCGAUUUUUAUCCUAUUCCGGUUGUGGUAAACGGAGUUGGCGGAGCCACCGGAGAUCAGGACACGGAGAACACCGAGCUGAUGGCAAUCUACACCAAGGAUAAUCAAGCAGCAGAGAAGAGCUCGAUUUCAGAGACACUCGACAGCACAGACAGCAUGGAUGCAAGGAGGAUGGACAUGAUCUAUACCAUUGAAGACACCCCACCCUGGUACCUGUGUGUGUUCUUAGGCUUACAGCACUACCUGACGUGUUUCAGCGGGACCAUCGCCGUCCCGUUCCUUCUCGCAGAGGCCAUGUGCGUCGGCUUCGAUCAGUGGGCCACCAGUCAGCUCAUCGGAACCAUCUUCUUCUGUGUCGGCAUCACCACCCUGCUUCAAACGACGCUGGGCUGCAGGUUGCCUUUGUUCCAGGCAAGUGCGUUUGCUUUCCUUGCACCAGCCAGAGCCAUCCUGUCUUUGGAGAAAUGGAAAUGUAACAGCACAGCAGAGCAUCCGUUCCUGAACGGGACAGAACUUCUCAACACCGAGGACAUCUGGCACCCCAGGAUACGCGAGAUCCAGGGUGCGAUCAUUGUGUCUUCUAUGAUCGAAGUCUGCAUUGGAGCUCUGGGUUUGCCCGGGAUGCUGCUGAAGUACAUCGGGCCCCUGACCAUCACGCCCACCGUGGCCCUCAUCGGGCUCUCAGGCUUCCAGGCUGCUGGCGAGAGGGCUGGAAAACACUGGGGCAUCGCCAUCCUGACUAUAUUUUUGGUGCUGCUCUUCUCUCAAUACGCUCGAAACGUUCACUUCCCCCUGCCAGUCUACAAAGCCAAGAAAGGCUGGACGUCCUACAGGCUGCAGGUUUUCAAAAUGUUCCCGAUCAUUAUGGCUAUUUUGGUGUCAUGGCUGCUGUGCUUCAUUUUUACGGUGACUGACGUUUUCCCGCCGGAGGAGAACAAGUACGGUUUCUACGCCCGCACUGAUGCACGUCAGGGAAUCCUGAAAGCUGCGCCGUGGUUCAAGAUCCCCUAUCCCUUCCAGUGGGGGACUCCCACCGUCACGGCUGCAGGUGUGAUCGGCAUGAUGAGCGCCGUGGUGGCCAGCAUCAUCGAGUCGAUCGGCGACUACUACGCCUGCGCUCGCCUCUCCUGCGCUCCUCCACCUCCGGUCCACGCCAUCAAUCGGGGAAUAUUUGUAGAAGGCAUUUCCUGUGUGCUGGACGGCGUUUUUGGGACAGGAAACGGAUCCACCUCCUCCAGUCCGAAUAUCGGUGUCCUGGGAAUUACAAAGGUGGGCAGCAGACGUGUGAUCCAGUACGGCGCCGCCAUGAUGCUGCUGCUGGGGCUUGUGGGUAAAUUCAGUGCCCUGUUUGCCUCUCUGCCCGACCCGGUCCUGGGCGCUCUGUUCUGCACGCUGUUUGGGAUGAUCACGGCGGUGGGACUCUCCAACCUGCAGUUUGUCGACCUCAACUCGUCCAGGAACCUCUUCGUCUUGGGCUUCUCCAUCUUCUUCGGUCUGAUGCUGCCCAGCUACCUGAAACAGAACCCGCUGGUCACCGGUAUAGUUGAAGUCGACCAAGUGCUCAACGUGCUGCUCACCACUGCUAUGUUUGUUGGCGGUUGUGUUGCCUUUAUUUUGGACAAUACUAUACCUGGUUCCCUGGAGGAACGUGGCAUCAGGAAGCUGAAACGAGGAACCGGCCUCAACGUCACCGAACUCGAAGGCAUGAGAUCCUACGAUCUGCCGUUUGGAAUGGCCUUCUUCCGCAGACACGACAUCUUCAAGUACAUCCCCAUCAGCCCCGUGUUCACCGGCUACCGCCGGGCGCGGCUUCAGGAGGGCGGCAGGUGCCGGAUGGGACAUGGGGACGUGGGGAAGCGGGGCGGGGCCGGCGCCGAGGGUGGCAACGCGCCGGGGGAAAGUCGGGUAUAGCCCUCGUCCUGGGAGGGAUCUUAGAUUUUUAGGGAGCGAGGGAUGGUACACUAAGGUGAAAUGAUGGGAGCACAGACAGAAGCUGAGCAGGAUUGUGUGGAAGGAAAAAAACGUUGCACCAACUUCCCCAUCGGUAUCUGUUUUUCUUCGACUUGUCUGUGUCUGUCCCCACUUCCCUCUAUGCUAUUUUCAAGCAUGCUGUAGCAAGUCACGGCAUGCGUUAAAAAGAUGUCACCAUGCAGAGGUCAGUCAGUCUGUGUGUGUGUGUGGAAGGAUAAAACAAGCUUCUUUCCAGAAGGAGACUAAUGGACAUCAAAACAGAGCCUGUGUCUCCUAACUGCUGCUAAUUUACUCUCCCUGAAUCCGCUCAUAAGAGACCUUCUACUAAAAGCACAGCAGGGUGGAUAAUGUUGCCUCUAAACUUUGUUAUGCAACCACAUUAGUCACACACACACAGACGGCCUCGGUAGAAGUAGUUUGAGCGCUACGAUGCACGAUGUGGGGUCAUGCAGACUGAUAGAAGUAGUUUGUCAGGUGCCCUUAGCCAUGCAAAGUGAUUGUGAGAUUUAUUUUUAUUUUUUUGCACUAUCUGCCUCCUGAUUUUAAUACUAGAAUGUCAUUUUAAAGCCGAGUCGUUUUCUUUAUUCAUUUAGCAUCGCAUCACAUACCCUCUUUUUUCUUUAGAUAUAUUGAGGAUAAAUCCCAAACAUUUAGGCAAAAUUAUCACUGUUAGUACCGGUUUACGUCUCCUUACCAUGUCAGUAUUAUGCAGAAGAAACUGACAGUCACACCGACUUUAUGGAGUUGAAUUAGUGACUCUAAACAGAGUUUGGUUACAUUUAUUUGUUUUACGUGUCAACCUGACAUUUUCAAAAGCUCUGACGACGCACACGGCAGCAGACGCGUGGCCUUGUGGUGCAGCCUUCAUGUAGCGUAUUCAGUAGCGGGUUAACUGAAUGCUCCACAGGCGCCUCACAUUCCUGAUCCUAGGUCUGGGUUUGGUCACUUAUUCUUGUUUUUUCUUUUUUUAGUAGCAAGGUGCUGCUGUUUAAGUUUACUUCCCUGAAUCAAAUCCUGACUUCCUGUUGUUCUCAUUACUACGCCGCCUCCUAGGAGACAUGGGGAUUUUUUAAAAUAUUUUUUAUUUUGCAUUAGUAUUGUAUUCCUUUGCAAUAGAUUACAGUCACAGUGAUAACAAAUAUCAAUUUAAAAUUACACACAUGUACGCUUAAAGAGUCUCAGUGAAAACGUUUUAUAUAUUUUUAGCUCUUUGGUGCAGAAAAUUGUUUUAAAAUCAACCUAACUGUUUAUUUUUGUUUGCGUAAUAUCUUUCAGUGGAUAUGAAAAGUGCACAUGAAAUCGACCUUUUAUUAACCAUUUUAAAAACACACAACCUAAACUUGUGUGAUGGCAAUAUAACUCAUUGGAAAUAAUAGUUUGGAUAUGUCUUUAAUUUCUUCCAUUCAAGUAUCUCUUUAGGUUUUAAAUAGGGAUAGAAAUCCCAUGUUUGACUUGCUUGUGGUGCAUUUGUAUCCCAAAGAUGUAAAACUUCAGAUAUCUCACAAAUGAGAUAUUGCAUAUUGAAAGCCUUACAAAAACCUUAUAUUGUAGCAGAAAGACCCCGAUUAUUCAAAAUGCUGCAUGAGCUGACUACUAAAUACAUUAUUGUGAGAGAAUGCAAUAGUUCUGCAAGAAAACUCCAAAUAAAAACUAUUUCUCCAUGUCUCUUAGGGGCUCCGUACAUUAAAUACUUUAAAUUUUUCAUGAUUUUUCACAUGAAAACCAGAAACUUUAAUGGUUUUAUGUGAUGGAACCCCACAGAUUAGGGCUUAAUUCGGAGUUUGAUUAAUGUUUUCAAAACGUUUUUAAGAAUAAAAACCUGAAAAGUGUGGCUUCUUCAAUAUUCACCACCUCUGAUUCAACACUUUCAAAAUCACCAAUUGGAGCUGCAGGUUUUUUGCCAAUUCUGCUUUGCUGGAUGGCUAAAGGUCAGAUUGGAUGGAAAUUAACAAUGAACUUCACUCCACACUUUUCUGACUUUUAUUAUUUGUAUUAAAUAAAUUGAAAUUUAAGUGGUAUGAACGGCUUUGUGCUGUUCAGAGAUUUCCCUCAGUUACAAAAUAUGAUUCCCUGCUGAGAGUUUAUUAAACCAAAAUUUAUAUUUUUGCUUCUUUUUGUUGUUUCCAAUAUUCCUGUUACAGAAAACCAAAACUUUAAAAGUUUUAGCAUUUGUUACUACUGAGAUCCUUCAGCACUUCUUUCUCUUAUUAUGGCAGUUUUUUUUAUUUAUUUAGGUGAUAUUUUGCAGGUUAGUUUUUUACCGUAUCUGAGUUUACAUCCCCUGAUCCGAUACUCUCCGGCUCCAGCACCUUUUUUGUUUUUAGUAGUUUUUAUUGUCAGAUUUAUUUUGCUUCUAUUCCAUUCCAUUUAUAGCUGC